ACACAAGAAGUGUAUCCGACAGUCGCCAUCCAACCGCCAUGUAACUCCGGAACCAGUACAUGGAACAUGUACUGAAAUUUCACCACACUUAUACUAAUACACUUGUAUGUACUCUUGUAAUGUACUCUGAAAAAAUAGAACAGAUGAAAAUAACCUUCAAGCGAACAAAACGUGUUUUUCUUUCAAACCUGAGUUAAAUUUGUGCAGAGCAGAAACGCUCCCCCAACGACAAUUCAUUUUGUAAAAGUUCACCUGGAAGCCCUGCGGACGCCCUACUACAACAUUUGGUCCUUCGAGCCGGAUACUUCUACAACAUUUGGUAUAUCCAGUUCGCCCCAGCAAGCAUUGGUGGAUCUGCAAGAAAAGGUUCCAGGAACAGCUAUAAAUUCAAACAAGAUAAGUAGCAGUGCACCUACCUCAACUUGUCCAUUGCCAAAUUUCCGGCAACUCCAGUUAAUUAAUUCUUUUGUGUGUCUGAACAUAUUUUUUCGCUUCACAUUGUCCGUGGUUAAAGCGAGGGGCAAUUGUAUUUAAAAAAUUCAACAAAAAAACCCGCAGAUAAAAUAUUGUUCGUGGCCAUUAAGGCAUCUAAAAAGUGAUAAAUAUUGAAAGAAAUAAAACAGAAAGUGACUCCGAUAAGGUCGCCAUAUUGGUGUCUGUACAUAUGUAUAUACAUAUAUGUACAAGUGCAUACCCAAAAAUUUAACCGAUCGCCAUAUUGAUGUACGCAAGUACAUCAAGACAUAUCUGCACACAUAGGCUUUCGCUCCGUUGAACAACAAGUGUAUGCGCUUCUCCAUUCCAACCUUCACCAAAGAAUCACACACUAAAUACAUAUAUAAAAACACACAAUUCUAAUUGGUAUUUAAUUAAUUAAAACCACACUGUGCAAAUUCACCUGCAUGUAUACACACACACGCACAUCCUAUUAUAUGUGUAUCGUUUGUUAUUUUUUCCUCCACAGCAGCUUCAAUAUUAAUUUAUAUAUUUAUUUUUACCAAUUAAUUGGCAAGUGCAAAACGUAAACAAACAACAGGGUUGUAAAGUGUCAAGAUCGGUUUUCGAUAAACUGAUUCUGUGAAACUUUUAUAUUUUGUAUGUUUCCACCUUGCCAUUGAGCUGCGUUUACUUAAUAAAAUACAAACAUAUACAUUACUUUUUCUUAUUCUUAUAAAAAAUUUAUAAAACAUAAUUAUAAGUUAAGACGUUUCCAAGUUGCGUAAUAAAUCGAAUAUCCGUGCGAUUUUUCUUAAAAUAACAAUUUAUAUAAAUAAUUCUAUGACAAAAAACCUUUUCAUUGAGCUGCGUUUAGAAUAAACGUGCUUCUUCUUGAGCUCAACCAUCAAUAAGCAAUAAGCGAUAAGCAUCAUUUUUUUGCGCGAUCCGUUUCCACUACACGGCCGCUUUGUCAAAAGAGAAUAAAUCCUUUUCUCUGGUGUUUCAAUAAAGAAAUAAUUAGAUUUUUUCUCAAUUAAAGGAAACUAAAUAAGAAUCAAUUUAGUAAAUUAUUAGUAAAAUAAUUAAUUUAACAAAAUUUUCCGAUUUCGUUGGACUCAAUAGUGCACACCAUUUCGGUCAUUCCAUUUUAUUCUGAUAUCUCGAUUCCAUCGUUCCUGUGCCAUUUCUUAUUCCGUUUUCUCUCUGCUGAUUCAAAUUAUUUGUAUUUGAUCACAUUUCACCUGGUUAGUACAAUUUUUGGCUCUGUGAAGAGCCUAGUAUGCCAAUCGGUGGUGAUCAAAACAGCCAAAAACGACUCACAGCACCGUCCGUCAAGGAGUCAAAGCGACCUUUAACCUCACCUAGAGCAGUUUUCGGGAAACUCAAGGUCGAGAGUACCAGCACAACCGUCCGCAAGACUGUGAGUCCGAUUCCAACAAGAGAUAUUACCCCAAAAAUUACCCGUUCGACUACGCAAAAAAUGCAGAAGUCAAGCGAAAUGGCACUGAACGACUUCGUUUCUAUAACUGACCGACUAGGCCAGUUUGAAGUGAAGAUCAAUGACGCAGCGGACAGUGACGUGUCACUGUUCACUCUCCAAGUCCGACGAGAUCAGAUUAAGACUUUAUGGGAAAAGGUAGAACGCGAGUACGAGUUAUGUUCCAAAGCUCUCAACCAAGGCGCUUGCAGCAGCAGUGACCUGGUGGCUAUGCAAGCUAAAUAUGAUUACUCGUACUCCGUUUACGAGCGAUGUGCGGCUCAACUAAGCGAAAAAAUAGAAAGAGCCACGGCGUUAAAUAGACAAGCUGAGCAACCCCCCUCCAACUUCUCCAUGUCCAGGGGUUGAGUCUCCCCGCCAUGCGACACUGAAGUUUUCAGUGGGGAUUACCUACGCUGGCCUACUUUCCGAGACUUGUUUACAGCUGUUUAUAUUAACAAUCCAAGAUUGACGCCGGUGGAAAAAUUGUUCCAUCUUAAUUCCAAAACCAGCGGCGAAGCUAGAGCAAUUGUCUCCAAGUCCCCGCUCACGAAUGACGGCUUUCAGUCAGCGUGGGCGAGCCUGACGGAGAGAUUUGAGAAUAAGCGACUAUUAGUCAAUAGUCAAUUGAAAAUUCUUUUCAAUCUCCCCUCAGCAACACAAGAGUCUGGAGCCGCCCUUAAAGAGCUUCAGGGCACAAUCCAGGGAUGUUUAACGGCUCUCGACUUGUCCAGGGUGAGCACCGAAAAUUGGGAUUGUCUGCUAAUUUUCUUGUGCUCCUCUAAAUUGCCUAAGCUCACGCUGUCGUUAUGGGAACAAUCGCUCCACGAUAAGGCAGAGAUCCCUCAAUGGUCCGAGAUGAAUUUAUUUCUGAUCGACCGAUAUCGCACCUUGGAGGCGAUAGAGGAUGUACGACCUACCGCACAUACGCCACUCCAGUCCAAACCCACAAGAAAAGAGUCCAACCACCUGAGAACCUUCGAAGCAACAGUGACUGCAAAGCCACAGCACUGCAAAUUGUGUCAGAAGGAAAACCAUCCCGUGCGUCUAUGCCCACGUUUUCUACAAAUGUCCGUACCCGAGAGAGUUUCCGUCAUUAAGCAACAAAAGCUGUGCUUAAACUGCUUCGCCAGACAGCACCAGUUGAAAGACUGCACCAGCGCACAUAGUUGUUUCACGUGCAAGGGACGUCACAACACGCUACUCCACCGUGACAGACCCCAGGUGCCCUCAGCUUCCACAACACCAAUAGUUUUGAACCCUCCUUCACCAAUACAGUCCACUUCUACUUCAACCCAAGCUACCGUUCAAAACUAUUUUUCCGCAAACUCACAUGGUGUUCUCCUCGGCACGGCUGUCAUCCAAGUGUGUCAUUUGGGCACAAAGUAUACAGCCCGGGCAUUAAUCGACUCUGGGUCUGAAGCGACCUUUAUUUCAGAGCGAUUGUUCAAAAGGGUUAAACUUCCUUAUCAACCCGUCGACGCACAGGUCUCCGGUUUGAAUCAAGCCAUUUCGGCUCAACCUCAAAAACUUUGCCAUUUUAAUAUUGGCUCUCCUAUAAAGCCCAGGGUUCAUAUUGAAACCUCGGCUUAUGUUCUUCCAAAGCUGGCAGGCAAUUUGCCCUCCUACACCAUCCCCCAAACUGCUUUGGAAGAACUUCCAAAAUUACACUUGGCCGAUCCCUCUUUCUAUAGGAGCUCACAGAUAGACGUGCUUCUCGGCGCCGAUAUCCUCCCAUCCAUAUUGUUAGGUGGCUCCUAUCCCAACAUAUGUGGCACUCUCCUUGGUCAAGAAACGAUUUUCGGCUGGAUCCUUACAGGCCCCGUUUCUAAGACCAGUGCCAAAUCUGUCGCAUCCUUUUCGACUCAAGUCUCGCUGAAUCCAAAUGCGAGCUUGGAUAAACUGCUCACAAAAUUUUGGGAGGUGGAGGAUAUUCCAGUUAAGCUGGAAAAGGAAUCCGACCUUUUUUGUGAGCGCAAUUUUCAAAAAACCACUAAAAGGGAUAAAAACGGCAGAUACUUGGUCACACUGCCAUUCAAGAAUUCCGAUCACAUCCAGUUAGGCCAUUCAAGGUCCAUCGCACUAGCUCAAUUUCUACGAAAUGAGAAUCGUCUGGCAAAAAAUGCCCCCCUUAAGGAGCAGUACGAUGCGGUGAUCCAGGAAUAUCUGGACUUAGGUCACAUGCGACAAGUCCCUCCAAGCAAUGGUUCAGAUAACUUUUAUCUACCACACCAUGCUGUUCACAAGCCUGACAGCACCACGACCAAGCUCCGCGUAGUAUUUAACGCCUCCCACCCGUCAUCGAAUGGUAAAAGUCUGAACGAUGUGCUACAUGCAGGGCCCGUUCUGCAAUCCGACUUAACCAUUCAAAUUCUAAGAUGGCGCUUCUUCCGAUAUGUGUUCAAUGCCGAUAUCACAAAAAUGUAUCGGCAAAUACUUGUGCAUCCCAACCACACGCCCUAUCAGAGAAUUCUGUUCCGAACAAAGGACAACGAGCUUCGUGACUUCGAACUCAGCACAGUCACGUUUGGAGUUAACUGUGCCCCCUUUUUGGCAAUCCGGGUACUACAUCAGUUAUCUGAUGACGUUCGUUCGCUCUAUCCCUUAGCAAGUCACAUUAUCGCAAACAAUAUGUAUGUCGACGAUGUACUAGCGGGAGCCCAUUCCAAAUCAACAGCAGAUCAAGCAAUUGCAGAACUCCGCAAGGCCCUUGAAUCUGCCGGGUUCCCCUUGCGAAAAUGGACAUCCAAUGAAAAGGACUUGCUAAGAGCGAUUCCCAAGGACCACUUGCUUCACGCCGACUUUUUAGAGAUCGAGGAAGCCUGUUCGGCAAAGACUCUCGGGAUCAGAUGGAAAGCUGACACCGAUGAGUUCUUUUUCGCUCCAUCCGAGCUAACAGCCAAACAGUCCGUCUCCAAACGUGAAGUCCUUUCACAGAUUGCCAAACUGUUCGACCCAGCAGGUUGGCUGGGUCCAGUCAUUAUCCAGGCAAAAAUAUUCAUGCAGGAGAUCUGGCUCCAAGAACUGGGCUGGGACGAUCCGCUACCUGAGAGUCUUCUCAUUAAGUGGAAUUUAUUUCUGCAAGAGUAUCCGGGCCUCAGUGCGAUUCGCAUCCCUAGAUGGGUCGAAUUCCGCCCACAGGGGACUAUCCAAUACCAUGGGUUUUGUGACGCUUCGCAGCGUGCAUAUGGGGCCGCCAUUUACGUGCGCACUGAGAUACAAGAUCGCAUCUCAGUACAUCUCCUAACAGCGAAAACGAGGGUCGCUCCGGUCAAGACGAUAUCCUUGCCACGACUAGAGCUGUGCGGAGCAGCACUUCUGUCCGAGUUAUCCGCUGCACUCAGUCCCCAGCUACCUUCCGCUGGCGGCGACUGGUUCUAUUGGACAGAUUCCACAAUUGUGCUAGCUUGGCUUCAUAAGCCACCAUGCGCCUGGACUACCUUUGUAGCAAACAGAGUCGCAAAAAUUACUCAGGCCACCGACUCCAAUAAAUGGUCCCAUGUACGAUCCGAGUACAAUCCAGCGGACCUAGCGAGCAGAGGUGCCCCACCACAAGCGUUAGUCAACAAUGAGCUGUGGUGGCACGGGCCAGAAUGGUUACGCCUACCUCAGAACCAAUGGCCCAUUCCUUCAGAUCCCCUCCCAGAUACGACAAUAGAGCAACGUACGAUUAAGGUAAACCUCGUAAACACGGCUCCCUCAUUUUCUUUCCUCGAGCGCUUCUCCAAGUUCGAUCGAGCCCUGCGAGUGUUAGCCUACAUCUAUCGCUUCUUCAAGCGUUGCAAACGAUUGUCGCUCCCGUCAACUAUUGAAAUUGACAGCAACGAGAUUUCUUAUGCACAAGAAAAACUCAUUCUCCUGACCCAGAGACAAGCAUACUCGUCAGAGUACACUUGCUUGAGCACGAAAAAACAGCUCACUUCCAGCAAAAUCCUUAAUUUGAACCCCUUUUUAGAUGGUAAGGGAAUUAUUCGAGCAUGUGGUCGUGUAAGAGCGGCCGAAGCACUCGGCUACGAUGAGCGGCAUCCAAUCAUACUGCCAUACACAUGUGCAUAUUCGCGUCUCUUGACCGCUUUCACCCAUCUUAUAUCCUUGCAUGGAGGCAACCAGCUCAUGAUGCGUUUAAUACGAUCACAGUACUGGAUUCCAAAGCUGAAGGUGUUGGUCAAAUCCACAAUUCAUUCCUGCAAAAUCUGCGUCAUCCGAAAAAAGAAAUUGCAAACGCAGCUCAUGGGCGACUUGCCUGUGGAGAGAGUCACAUUCUCUCGACCGUUCACUCACACAGGAGUCGAUUUUGCAGGCCCCUUCGAUGUAAAAAAUUACACAGGUCGAGCCUGUCUUAUUACGAAAGGCUACGUGUGCGUCUUUGUGUGCUUCAGCACCAAAGCCAUCCACCUAGAAGCUACAUCUGACCUGACCACAGAAAAAUUCCUAGCGGCAUUUGCGAGAUUUGUGGCACGACGAGGGUGCCCAAGUCAAAUGCAUUCCGACAACGGCAAAACCUUCGUCGGAGCGGCCAAAGUCCUCUCGCGCGAUUUUGUAGAAGCGCUUAAGACUCAACUCCAGGCCACUUACAGUCUCCAGAAACUGUCCUGGCACUUCAACCCUCCUAGUGCACCGCAUAUGGGUGGCCUGUGGGAGGCAGGUGUAAAGAGUUUCAAAAAUCUAUUUUAUAAGUCUACAUCGACCUCCAAAUACACCUUCGAAGAGCUUUCCACGCUCCUAUCCAAAGUUGAAGCAUGCCUGAAUUCAAGACCGAUAUCUCCAAUGUCGGAAGAUCCUACUGAUCUCCUAGCUCUGACUCCCGGUCAUUUUCUAGUCGGGGGUCCUCUACUUUCCGCCACAGAGCCAGAGAUCAAGGAAAACGCCGCGUCCAUCAUCAACCGCUGGCAGCGCUUGAAGGCUUUGCAACAACAGUUCUGUCUCCGUUGGAAACAUGAGUAUCUUUUAGAGUUACACAAAAGAAACAAAUGGCAAACUCCAACGCGAGACUUACAACGGGACGAUCUAGUCAUUAUUAAAGAAGAUAAUCUUCCAGUUAAUGACUGGCGUCUAGGUCGAAUCCAAACGACCUAUCCUGGCGACGACCAAAGAGUCCGAGUGGUCGACGUCUUAACAGCCCGAGGUGUCUCCAAGAGACCUAUCUCUAAGCUGAUCCUGCUCCCGAUAGAAUCUAGUCUCCAUUUUCCAUCCAGUAAAAUUUCCAGUAAAGACUAG